AUGGCCGGCGUGGAGGGCAUCCCUACACCAAUGCCAGUUGGGCUGCUCAACCGAGUGCAAGCCCUUGAGACAAAGCUCGAGGAGAGUCACAUCGAGUCGCCUUUGCAUUGCCGCUUGCACGUGAGCCAGAGGAAUCCCAUUGCCUGGUUCCCCGGGAUGGCUGGCACGGACGGGGGGAAGGACAAGGAUAGCAAGGAUACCCAGGUCUCGGGCAAGUGUGCCUGGAGCCGAUUCGAAAGCCAAGCAAGCACAGCGGUCCCUGCAGAGCCCGACAACACUUAUCAGCGACUUAUCAGCAGUGACACCACGAAGAGCGAGGACUGCACGAUUCCCGACGUCCACCAAACUUCUGAGGAGGCCAAGGAGAUUCUGCACGAGGAGGAAUAUGCCGAUGAGAGCGCCAUGCUCAAGACAGACUUUCAACUUCGCACGGACUCCAGUCUGCCCGGAGCAGCUGCUGCGGCCGUGAUAUUCCUGACUUUGAUCUUUUGUAUCACCCGGGGCAAUGCCCUGUGCCUGCAGGCACUGUGGCUUGUUCUGGUGGCAGUGGGCCUUGUGGUCCUGGGUCAUGCCGAUUUCACGUUGAAGAGCCUGCGGCCAAACCCUACAGCCAGCCCAAGCUCCACGGUGGGGAGUUAUGAGUGCGAGGCUCGAAGAUGA